AUGCCUCUGUAUGUAGUUUGUUCAGUACUGUGCAGUCUGAUCUAUUUCACAUUUUUGUUGUCUCAAUACAUUCUCUCUCUCUCACUGCAGGACAGAGAACUGCGGCCAGAAGAAAUCGAAGAACUGAGAGACGCCUUCAGAGAGUUUGAUAAGGAUAAGGACGGCUUCAUCAGCUGCAAGGACCUGGGGGAGUGCAUGAGGACCAUGGGAUACAUGCCCACUGAGAUGGAGCUGAUCGAGCUGAGCCAGAAGAUCUGUGGUGGUAGAGUGGACUUUGAGGACUUUGUGGAGCUGAUGGGGCCCAAGAUGUUGGCAGAGACUGCGGACAUGAUUGGGGUGAAGGAGCUGAGAGAUGCCUUCAGGGAGUUUGACUCUAACGGCGAUGGGAAGAUCAGCCAGGCUGAGCUGCGUGAGGCGAUGAGGAAGCUGAUGGGGGAGCAGCUGAACGUUCGAGAGAGUGACGAGAUCCUGAGAGAUGUGGACCUGAAUGGAGACGGGCUGGUGGACUUCGAGGAGUUUGUCAGAAUGAUGUCACGCUGACACAUGUUGGGACAGUGAAAGAACAGGGAAUGGAGGAUGUCCUCAUUGUCCAUGCUUCUAUACAUGGAUCACAUUUUUCUGUAUGAUUGUUUCAUUUUUGUUUUUGAAAAACUUUCACAGCAUUACCAUGUUCAUUUGGACAGCUCUGUAAAUAUCUGUGCUGUAAUUUAUUACUGCAAUAUGCAAGAGAAUGUAUGUUUAGUUUGACAAGGAAAAGGCAUUCUAGACCAACAAUGUUGUACAGUCUUAUUGUCAAUAUCUCGUGUUAUGGCACUAACUAACAUUUCAUGUUACCACUUGUCUGUUCCAAAAUAAUAACUGCAAUUAAAACUGAGACACAAAUAACAUGGACAUAUACAUUAACAUAAAUUAACAUUAAUAUUACAAUAACUUGUGCAGAAAUACUGUAACAGUAAUGGAUUUCUGUACAUACAGGGUUAUCUCACAGAUCUUUCAGUAACUGGUGCAUAUAUAAGGAAGGAUGUCGCAACUACUUGUAAUUUCAUUCAUUUUCAUUACAUUACAUUACAUUACAUUAAUGGCAUUUGGCAGAUGCUCUCAUCCAGAGCGACGUACAGUUGAUUAGACUAAGCAGGAGACAAUCCUCCCCUGGAGCAAUGCAGGGUUAAGGGCCUUGCUCAAGGGCCCAAUCGCUGUGCGGAUCUUAUUGUGGCUACACUGGGGAUCGAACCACCGACCUUGCUUAUGUACCUUAACCACUACGCUACAGGCCGCCCUUAUUUAUUUUCCUGAAGAGAAUUCAAUAAAGAUAAGUGUCAUUUUUUACCACUGCACAUUUUAUGCAAAACUAUAACCCAUGUUUUUUAAAUGUCAUUAGUUAAUAUGUACAAUUCAUUUUUAUUAAGUGCUCGUUUACUGUGUGAUUACUGAGAUGUUUCUUUCUUGACAGAAAAGUAAAAUACUUUGAGAGAUCAUUAUUCACAAAGCAUUCUCUUGGCUUUGGUCUUGAUAUUUCUGAAUUGUUUGUAAAUCCAUCUGGCAGUUAUAGUUUUUACACCACAGAGUCGGUGUGGUUCCAUAUAACUGGUUAUACAGUCAUCACUCCACUGAUUUUGUGAAUGUUAAAAUGCCCAUUGAAGUGACCAAUACAUCAAUAUGGCAGAAACAUAAAUCAAUAAACAACACAAUCAUGUUUAUAUAUGUAGACAUUGGUCUGGUUGGGAAAAAUAACUGAAUUCACGAUUAUUUUGGUUGAUUUGUGUAGGAUAAAGCAUUGUCUUUUUUCAGGUUAUCAGAAUAAAAUGACCACUAUGAUU